GUUUCACUCGCCACAAAUCAAUUAACCGGAACUCCCUGUAUAAAACCCCUCCUUUUUUCUUCACUGCUUUCCACCAGCAUUUCCAAAACGGCAAAUCCCAAAUAAACAAAUUAAACCACAAGAGCGUAGAAUAUUUCCAUGGAAGAAGAACAGUCCCAUACCAACACAAAAAAAGAACUUCCACACACAGUGGCCAUGAUGCCGAUCACCGGCAUGGGACAUCUGAUCCCAAUGAUAGAAUUCGCCAAAAGACUCACGCGCCACCACAGCCUCCACGUCACCUUCCUCAUCCCCACCAACGCUCCUCCCUCAAAGCCCCAAACAACCCUCUUCAGCCCAUUGCCACGUGCCAUUUCGCACGUGUUCCUCCCUCAAGUCUCUCUCUCAGACCUUCCACCCAACACCAAAAUCGAAACCAUAAUCUCCCUCACCGUCCUCCGCUCUCUCCCUUCUCUCCGGCACUCCCUUGUCGCUAUCCACCGUGUCGCCGCCCUCGUCAUCGACUUCUUCUGCACCGACGCCAUCGAUGUCGCCGGAGAACUCCAUAUCCCUUCUUACAUCUUCUUCCCCUCCCCGGCCAUGGCUUUGUCCUUUGACCUUUACUUACCCCGACUCGACCAAGAAGUUCAGUGCGAGUUCAGGGACCUCCCUGAACCGGUUCACAUCCCUGGUUGCAAUUCCAUUCACGGCAAAGACUUGAUGGACACGAUUCAAAACCGAAACGACGACGCAUAUAAAUUUUUCCUCAAUCACUGCAAGCGGUUCAGUUUGGCCAAAGGAAUCAUAGAAAACAGCUUCCCAGAACUUGAACCCCAAGUUAUCAAGUGGUUGCUAAAGGAUGAACCGGGUAGACCACCGAUUUAUCCGGUUGGACCGCUAGUUAACGAAGACAUUGCUCAAACCGAGGAACAGUGUUUAUGUUUGAAGUGGUUGGAUGAGCAGCCACGUGACAGUGUUGUAUUCGUCUGUUUUGGCAGCGUUGGGACCCUGUCACGUGCUCAAAUGGAAGAACUUGCUUUGGGGUUGGAGAUGAGUGAGCAAAGGUUCUUGUGGGUUGUGAAGUGCCCCAAGGAUUACAUUGCCGAUGUGGAUGCUCACGCUGACCCUUUGGAUUUUUUGCCAAAGGGUUUUGUGGAGAGAACCAAAGGGAGGGGGCUGGUGGUGCCAUAUUGGGCCCCACAGAUCCAAAUCCUUAGUCAUGGAUCCACAGGUGGGUUUGUGAGCCAUUGCGGUUGGAACUCAAUCCUUGAGUGUGUAGUGAAUGGGGUGCCCUUGGUGGCUUGGCCACUCUAUGCGGAGCAGAAAAUGAAUGCCGUUUUGGUGACCCAAGACGUCAAAGUGGCACUUAGACCAAAGGUUUAUGAGAGUGGAUUGGUGGAAAGAGAAGAAAUAGCGAGUGUUGUGAAGACCCUUAUGGAAGGUGAGGAAGGUAAGAAGCUUCUUCAUCGAAUUAAAGAGCUUAAGGUAGCAGCUGCAAUAGCUUUAGGUGAGAAUGGAUCAUCAACGAAGAGAAUCUCCGAAUUGGCUCUAAAGUGGAAGGGAGAAACAGCAGCAUGCAUAAUCUAAUUGAAGUUGCCACUUGUUUCUUGCUCGUUACCUUUUCACAUUCUUCCGUAGCUACGAUUUAUGUAUCCAAGUUAAAAGCAGAGGUGAAAGAUUUGUUAGAGUUUGUUUAAUUGUUUCACAGAUCAUCCAAUCAAAACCGGUUCUCAAGAAAAUAUGUACUGUGUAAAGUAAGUUAAGGAGCAGAGUGAGUGACAUCUAGUUGUUGAAAAAAAAAAUUUGGCAUUCAAUAAUAUGAUGUGAUCAAGUAU